AUGAAACUAAUUGCAUCAACAAACCUCUACUCCAUACGGUAUGAUCCGAAGGCCCUCAUACCUCCCGUCGCAAAACGGUAUCUAGGGGCACCCUUUCAUCCACUUCGACCUAAGGUUGCCCAUAUGUGCGACACCAGAGAUCAGAAUACAUUAUGGUGGAGAGUUGCAAUAUACCCCCUGCAGCCGUAUCGCCGCGUGGUUCGUUCGUGGAGUGCUAGGAGAACUCGUCUUGCGUUCGAGCAGGCUUUGGAGGCGCGAGGGUUUGAUCGGGAAGGCCGGAGGAUAUUGGAUAAUACUCAGGGUUCAAGGAAGACUAAGAUGGGCGGGAAUCUGACGGGAUCAUUCGAGAUUCUCGUGCGUGAGGCGACCAUCAAAGAACAAUAUCCGACAAUUCAAAAAGAGAUGAGUUCGGCGCUCGAUGCCCUGUUACGAGCAAAAAGACAGCAGAAUAGGCCCAGUGGCGAUUCGAAUAAGCACAAGAAGCGAGGACGCACUCAAAUAUCCAAUAUGUUGGUCUCCUUGACCGUUGGCAAGGUAGACGCUGGAGUCGCCGUGCUCCUGACCCAAGACAACCGCCUCAUCGAAUUCCCCUCCGUCCUCCUACCCAACAACAUCGCCUCCGGCAGCAUCGUCGACAUCACAGUAGCGCGCAAUCAUGCCGCUGAAGCCACCAGCGCAUCCGAUUUCCAGUCUCUUCAAAAACGUAUUUUGAACACCUAUGGUAUCAAAACCCCGUCGCCGCCCAUCCUCCGCCUCCGAAAUGCCACGCAGACAUCGCUGGUCCUGGAAUGGGAUCCUAUCGAUCUAGCAACAGCGUCGCUCAAGUCAUUGUCUCUCUACCGCAAUGGCUCUAAAGCUGGCUCGAUACCAAGGCCUACUGAGACUCGGAGCACCAAGAUCAGCGGACUUGCUAUCCAUACCGAAUACACCUUCCACCUAGUGCUGCGCACGACCGCCGGUACCUACCAGUCGGAGAAGUUGACCUGUCGGACACACAAGAUGACGGAUCUGUCUGGAAUCACGGUCACACCGGGCAUCCUCCCCCCGCAGCAGAAGGAGGCACUCGCAACCGCACUGGACCGCAUUGGAGGCAAGCUGAUCGAUACCGUUCGCAUCGACACAACCCACUUUGUCUGCACGGAAGGACGAGGCCCACUGUGGCAGAAGGCAGUGGAGAUGAACAUUCCCGUGGUGUUGCCGGAGUGGGUCGAUGCCUGUGAGGCGGAGGGCACGAUUGUGAGUGUCCGGGGCUACUACCUGAAUGCGGACCCCAAGACCCGACAGCUAGGACCGAUUCACGGAUCGUCGCAGCACCAGCACAAUGCCUCUACGGCUUCGAUAGCAACCACUGCCCAGAACCAGGCUCCAUCCCAGAACCAGACGCAAACCAACCUUCAGACCCUGCCUUCGCGCGAACGCGGCCAGUCUGCUGCAAGUGAACAGCCGUUGACUCCUUUCCCGGGCCAACCCACAAAUGGUCAACCUAAGGCAGAGGAGGGGGAAGAGGAGUCAGAAAAUGAGCAAUCGCCGCCCCUGCCCCCUCCAAAGGAUGACGCUCCAGAGGAAGAAAAACUGAAGGAAGAAUCCCCGGAGCCUAGCAGCCAGCCCGAACAAAACGGUGAAUUUGUGCCAUCAGAGACCGUAUCUCCAGACGAGAAGGAAGAGCUUAAGGAAGAAAAGCCCGAGCAGAACGGAGCCACGAAGGGGCCGGAAAACGCCUCGCCAGAGGCUAAAUCCGAAAACGAAGAAACUACCGGUGACGGAGAUGGAGAGAAAAAGCUCAAGGGGAAGCAAAGCGAAGGAGACUUUAACGAAGUUCCUCUCUAG